CUUACAAAUUGGACAGUAACGGAAUGGAAAAAAUCGAUAGAAGAAGCUAUGUUUAAUAUUUAUUUAAACUAUAUUCAAAAGUUCACCGUGUUGAAAUCACUAAGUUAUCAAGAUAUACGGAUUGUGAUAUUUGCAGCUCAGAGUUUAAGCCUGUGGGAUACGGAUUAUGGUAUCAUUACUCAGAAAAAUAAAGAGGAAAUGGUGGAAUCCAGUGAACGUCGCCGUUGUCAAGGACAACCUACAAAAGCGCUCAGCUGACCUUGUUCAGCUGUCCCUUUGUAUAGGAUAUUAUUUCCUCCUCUUUAUGCUUUUCUAUCAUUUUCCAGGGUACAUUAAUGACGACUGGGACACAUCAGAGAUGUAUGUACCUCCCUCGCCUGUUCCUAGAGAACACAUCGACAAUAUGGCACAGCUAGAGGAUGGAAUAACCUUUGUCACAGCUUAUUUCGAUCUGGGUACAUUUCAAAAAGGAAUAAUUCUAACCGACUUGAGUUAUGGAAAACACACGUAUAUAGAUUGGAUGACUGCAUUCUCCAAAUUCAACAACUCUGUGAUUCUUUUUACUGAUUCCUCUGAUGUUGCGACAUUGUUUCAAAUACUUAGAAAACAGUUUCCUAGUCAUAUGACGCGUAUAAUUAACAUACAACAAGACAGCUUAUGGUCUUUCAAGUUAGCCCCACAGAUCAAACAGAUAUAUGCACAGCUAGGGUAUCCAUACUACUCACCAAACACUAUCAAUGAGAAGUACUCGUGUGCCAUGCAUGUGAAGUAUGAAGCACUGGAAAUGGUGAUCCGUCAAAAACAGUACAAAACCAAACAUUUAGCUUGGAUUGACAUUGGGUAUUUUCGUGAUAAAGAAACAAAAACAUUUACAUUAGAAAUACCUCCAGAUUUGAAGAAAGAUCAUAUAGCCUUUAUGCAGAAUAAAAAAUUUGAAAAAGGCUUAUUACCUCUGGAUAUAAUAGGAGACAAUAUGGUGUGGUUAGCUGGUGGAAUGUUCCUUGGUCAGCCGGAUUACCUGUUAACCUUCAUAGCCGACUACAGGCGUACAGUGGAGAGCCUUAUAGCAGACAACCUGAUGAGUACAGACCAACAAGUAUUGUAUAUUAUGUACUCAAAGAACACAAAAGUACGUGCACGUGUACCAAUCCAAGUGUACUACCAUAUAUGUCGAUGUGACUGGUUUUUCUUAGGUAGUAUCUGCCGUUACACCUGGGAGAAGAAGCACUGGCAUCGUCCACCUGUAGGCUACUUUGGUGCAUUAGCUCUCUGAUCAUGGUGUUUUCUGUUGAUCAAUCAAUAGCUGAUGAAUAUGUUAUAUAGUUUUGAAUAUUUUAAUAGAUUCAUCAGGUUUAACUUGAACAAUUAAUGCAUUGACUGAAGUAUCCUCAGCAAAAAUUGAACGAUAGUUUUCUGAGUUUCCAUUUCACGAGAUGUUUAAAUUCUUUUUUUUUAUGUAGGAUCUGCUGACCACAUAAGAAAUAGUUUGGAUGGGCUUAAUGUAUUUGACGUGAAAAACAAACGAGAUCAAGACCCUCUUUAUCAGGUUUUCUAAAAAUAAAUAUGAAAAUGUGAAAGUAUUUUUUCAGGCUAUUGUCAAGUCUUCACCGUUGCCGAAAGAAAAACCCAACGAUAAACUGGGUGACGCCUUGGUCGCGUGAUAAAAGGGGAUAUUGCUGAUAGUAAUGACAGAAAUGUGAAGAUUUGAUAUAGUGCCCUAUCUAGCUAUCAUACGCCUCUCGAAAACGCUUUACAGCCUAUAGAUAUACAAUAAAUACAA